UGUACAGUUACACAGGCAACUCCUUUAUUUGAAAGGGUGUGGUGUACUUCUGUAGAAGGGCCAUUUCAGGUGCCUAGAAAGUAUAACGGUUAUGUUAAAGGCUAAGUUUGCAAGAAAAUCCUUCGGUCAGCUUUGUAUCUCCCACCUCCAGUCUGGAAGCUUCAAAAUAAGCAGAGCAAAAGAGUAGUCAGCUGGCAAUGAGAACAAUUAUCUUCUGACUUAAGAUCAAGCUUGUGUACAAAGGACAGUAUAAACAUGAAAGAGAUUUGCAGCCUUUUGCUGAGUCUACACUUUGUCUUCAGUGUCCAAGCCGUUCGAGAGAGUGUCCCAAUGCAGAACUUGAGCUGCUACAAUGACUACAACUCAGAGGUGACCUGCACAUGGAUAGAGCAUUCAGAGGCGCAUGCCUUCCUUGGUAUGACUCUUCACCGAAGGUGUAAUAAUGAAAUAAAUACUGAAGAGAUGCAUUGCAAGCCCCAGGCAGAAAGUGAGUUCCAUAAGGCUCCCAAAUCCUAUAUCCACUGGCUUUGUCGAAGCACUGUAAACGCUUUUGGAAUAGGGAUAAAUGAUUUUUACAGCUUCAAACCUAACGAGACACUUCAAGCAGAACUGAACGUUCCUCUUUUCCAAAAUGUUCAGCCCCUCCCACCUGAAAACCUUUCGGUCAGCUUGAUGAGAUCAGGAGACUUCUUGCUGACAUGGAAAGUAGCUGCUGGAAACCAAGGGCUGGGCAAUGCACUGAAGUAUGAAGUGGCUUACAAGCAGGAGUGGGAGACGUGGGAGAAAGCUGCCUCGCUCUCACUCUCCAACACCACACACUGCUAUCUCAGCCAUGAGGGCCUUGUUCCAGGCAGCAGCUACGUUGCCCGUGUGCGAGCCAGACCGGGGCAGACCAGUGGCUUCUCCGGGCAGUACAGCAAGUGGAGCACGGAGGUAUCCUGGGAGACACCAGAAGGUGGCAUACAGCCCAAGAACCUUCGCUGCCUCUUCGAUGGUGUGGAUCGUUUGACUUGCAGCUGGGAAGUGAAGAAAGAGAUCAUCACCUCUGUCCUCUUUGGCUUGUUCUUCAGGGCCACUUUGGCAUCAGUAGAGGAGGAGUGCUCUCCUGUGCAUGAGGAGAUUUUGCCCCAUGCCCCCUAUGUGGUCCAGAGCUGUGAGAUCACUGUUACCAACACCAGCAGUCAGAGCCAGUACCAUGUAGCUGUCCGGACCAAAACGGAGGAGAAACUGAUUGAAGCCUACAGAAACAUUAAGGUGCUGCCACCUGCAAAUGUAUCGGUAACCAUGAGAGAGAACCAGGAGUAUGAACUGAGGUGGAUAAAACACACUUUGCAGUAUAGCUUCAUAAAACAGAGAUAUGAAGUCCAAUACUGGAAGCACAACCAAUAUGAAAAGACUCUCCAGAGGAUAAAUAUUAGCAACGACGAGCCUCCCUUCAUCUUCACCCUGCAGAUGCUGGGAUCAUCGACACGAUACAGGGGAAAAAUGCGUGCAAGGGUGAAUACUCCUCUGGAUUACAAGGGGCCUUGGAGUGAAUGGAGUGAGGAGUUCACCUGGGAAACUGAGAAUGUUCUGUCACCAGUGGUUCUCCCAGUGAUGCUCCCAGCCAUCAUCAUCACUUUGCUAAUAAUUGCUCAUUGCAGCUAUAGGUAUCUCCUCAGGAAGAAGAAAAACUGGGAGGAGAAGAUUCCAAACCCCAGCAAGAGUCUCCUGAUCCAGAGCUACUUGCAGAAAGUACACCCAGGAAACUGGCUGACAAGCAGUCAGCUAGACUUCAACAAGCACAACCUUUCUGAGAAGAUGGAGCAGGCUAGUUUCCUACAAGUUGUGGACAGGCAGAUGAAGAUUUUGGCGGAGUCCCCCGAAGGGCAGGCUGAAAAGGCAGAGGCUUCCUUCAUUGCGUUGGAUCUACAGAACCUAUACCAUGCUUUAGAUAUGCCAGAGCAUGCCCCAGUUGUCUGCCCAUCAAGUCAGAUUGCAGAUCCUUCCUUUUCUAUUUCAAAGGCGAACACUGCUGAUGCAAGUAUUGCUUCCCAGACAGCAGUCCCUUGCUUUGAUUUCAAUGGUCCAUACUUGUACAGGCCAGUGAUGCCCUCUCAGCCCGAUAUGCAUCAGGCCCUUCAAGCAGUCCCAGCGGGAAUCCAUGGGAAAUCAGCGUCCCUUCAGUAUGUGACCCUCCCAAAGGAAGCCUGUCCCCAGCCUCCUCAGAGGCAGGCACAGCCGGGAGCACUUCCUCUGCAGCCUCUCCUGCUCCCAGACCGGAAGGAAAUGAUGCAGCAUCUCAGCGGCGGGGAAGAAAUCUCACCAGCCCAACCAGCCUGUGGGAAAUGCAUGAAUGUGAGGCCGGAACGGCAGAAAUCUCCAAUGGCUCUUAGCCGUACUGGCUCUGCCCAGCAGUGCUCCUUGAGCUACAUCACCACAGACAGCCUCUUACUGCCAUCAGCCAGACACUCCAACCACCUGUCCCUCGCCACUGAUGGAGAAUUAGCGUCUGACUCACAGGAGAUCCAGCCCCCCGAUGACUGCUUUUGCCAUGAGUUUUCUCCUGGGAAAUCUGAUGCCCUGCUUGCAGUUUCAGGUCAAACGCCAAACCCUUCUCCUCAAUUGCACCUGGAUGCAUUUGGGGACUAUCUUACUGUCCCUCCAAGUCCCCAUGGACCUUCAGAAUCCACAAAUAUUUCCUCCCAUGUUUUUUGGAAAGGAAUCAGUUUUUCAGAAGAACCUGUGUUGGAGAACACCACAGUCCUGUUUAAUCCUGACAGCAUCAUGAUUGUUUUCUUCCAUUACGGGCUAUUGCUACCCUGCCCCCUACCCAAAACCUAGUGAGAAGACUUGCAUGAACCAGGAAGAUCCAUGAAUAAACAGGCUUUCCAAACACAUUAAAAUUAUCAAAUAGCCUGUACAUGAUGGGGGAUCCAUCAGUGGCAAGGAAGAGAACACACAGAGUAUUGAGGUCAUUCUGCUCUUUAGAAAUUUGAAGCCACUGUGGAAAGGAAUGCAGCCAGCUGUAAG